CAACGCGCUGUGUUUAAUUGCAAUGAGCAUUUUUUGAUAGCCUACAUAAUGUCAACAACAGUAAACAUCAUAAAAUUAGCUUCCCAUUUAUUUUUAGAUGAUGCAUAUUGGAUGUAUACCAAGAUCAAAACAAAAGUCAAACCUGCGUGAUGAGGUGAAUUGGCACAGCACGUGCAUCAAUCGCUUAAUAACUGUCAGAACGGAACGGGCGGUGCAUUAAAAAAAAAGGCAAAGUGCAUUGCAUUUUGACUUUUGAUUGAAUGCAAAAAUCGAUCAAUACGAAGUUCGAAUUUUAAAAGUUUCUUUCCGAGCCGAAAUAAGAAAAUAAAUAACGUGGUAAAUUAAGCCGAGCCAGUAAAAUGGAGGAUAGAAUUUCAAUGCUUAUACAAAACAUAGAUAAGUGUCUACUAGCUAAACUUGAAAGGAAUUGUGAAGAAUGCAAACAUCAUGAUGAAUAUAGUUUACGAAAAGAUAUAUUAAUUGCAGAAUUUCCAAUAGCAUUUAACCUACUUGGAGAGGUAGACCUGAGACAUGUUCCAUCUGCCGCAGAUGUCCUAUCAUCUCUGCUAAUAAUGUACGAAGAGCUACAAUUAGAUGCAGUAUGGAAUCCAGACAUUUCCAAGGAAUACGCGAAACAACUAAAUAAUUUUCUGGAAUUGUCAUGUGACAUAACAUUUGAUAACAUGUUGAAGGUAAAGAGACCUUUCUAUGAACCACAGGAGGUAUUCGACUACUGCAUGGAGAAGAUACAUAGGAGGCUUACAUCUGAGAAUUUUAAGAGAUAUCCAGCAACUAUUGAUGUGUAUUGCAAACUUAUUCAAAAUAUAAAAGACUACAGCAUAUCCGUGAAUCCACAAAAGACAUUGCCAGCAUCACUCCUCCUCAUUGAUGAUUACAUGACAGUCCACAAGACCAAAGGUUUGAAGAGUUGUGCUGCUAUUUUACAGAGCAUGGCAUCAAAUGGGUUCCAUAACGGCAACUACUAUGAAGUUGUGUACACAAGUCUCAAGAACUCUCUCCAGGUGCAGUAUGUUGAUGUGAACAAGCUCUCUCAUAUAUGCCUCAUGGAACUGAUAAGGCUUCUGCCUGCACAGGAAAAGACAGUAAAGUCGGGAGACCUUUUUGUAGUCACCCUGGAGCAGCUGUACCAAGAAUCCAACUUGCUCAGAAAAGCCAACAACUUCAGGUUCAGUAAGAAGCUGAUUGAGAUCAACGGCGUGAACUGCGCGAACAGGAAGAAGAUGUUCUGCACCAUCAUGUGUGACAACCUGGACACAUGCUCCAAUGUGGAUGUGGCACAAAUGUUGCUUAUGUCUAUUUUAGAGUGUUUCGAAGAAUGGAUUAAGCACUGCUGGUGCGUCUGGAACGUUCGUCUCCCAUCCGACCAGCACCUCCUCUCGCUCCUCCUAAAAGUCAUGUACAUCAACAUCCAUGACGAGCAACUCUCCAAAAAACUCCAGGACAUAAUAGAAACCCUCAUUUGUAUUUGUACUAAGGAAGACCAGCAGCAGAUAUUGGGGAGUUUGGAGGCAAGGAGGCAGUUGACUAGUCAGGAGUUUUUGAGGAGACUUGAAGCGACCAGAAAUGAAGCUCGUGCUUUUGCGCAUCGACCAUAAAUGAAGGGAAUCAUUGGCAAAGCGCGAAUUCUGUACCUCUAGCACUGACUGCGCGAACGGAUUGUGGGUUUAAAAGAUUAUCCACCUCUUCUUCAUGUCCUGCACCAAAGAUAUGGAAGAUGCUGUCUCGCAUGACUUGCAACGUGCAAGGCUGAAGUGCUAGCGCCACUGUAGACACAGCAAAGAAGAAUCCUACAAUCGCUACACACGUCUCAUACAACAUUCGUGGGUUAUAGUGGGUUUCCUCAAAGAUAUGAUUGUGAUUUAAUAUGAUAUUCAAUGUCAUAGUAUCUUUAUUAUAUACUGUGUAGAUCUCCAUAACUUAAGUAGAUACAUGGUAAUCUAAAUGACUCUUUAAAUGUAUUUAUAAUUAUGAUACUAAAUGUAACUUACAUACCUAAUCUGGAUCUUCGUCUCAGCAGAUAGCACUUAUCAUAUCUGUAUUUCCCAAAUGAAUUGAAAAGAAUUUAACUUUUUUAUUCCAAUCAACUAGUGGCCCAUAGAUAAAUACAUUAAAACAACAAACAAAACCUCGGGCAAAAAUGUUAGCGUUCCUCCGCCCGUCGCCCAUAGUAGUUAAUUGUUUAAUUCGUGAAUUACUUAAUUAAAUGUAUCACUUAACCAUUGUUGUAUUUAAAUAAACACGCAUAAAAAUCA